GCCCAAUUUCUUUUUGCUCCAUUUGGUUUUAUUCUGCCCUUAAAGCUUUGACCUUAUGAGACGGUAUCUGUAUAGACCCCAUGCACAAUUGCGCACCCUGACGGCGAACUUUUCGUCAGUUUCGAUUUGCACUGCAUCAUGGGACAGAAAUCGCCAUGUUUAGGUCAGCAGUCUCGGCGCCUCUUUCCGUACCGUGAGGUAACCGCCAACGUGAGCAUUCCGUGCUUUUGCGGCGUACGUGCGUGCCCCCAGCGUGCCCCGUCAUGAGCGAUGGCGUCUACCCCACGACUGGAUGGACGAGCAACUUGGCUCGGCUGCCGCGAAUCUCGUCUCUGGACCUUGCCCGCCUGGCGUCCUGCUCGGGAACCGAGAAGGGAGCUCGCCGGAGCUACAAGUUGGUUACGGAGAGCUACGUCGUGGCGUCGACAGUGUGCGCCAACUACGACGAAGAAAUGGCCUCCAGAUUCUUCUUGAGAGCCAGAUGCUUCAGGAGCCACAAGAAAACACAGCCACCCUACACCGUGAGCGCCACCAUCACCAAGGACGGUGAACUUGUUAACGGAUAUUGCGAGUGCCCAGCUGGGAAGCAAGCCUGGAGCCACCUCCAGGCCGUCCUGAAGACGGUAAUUUUGAUCCAAGGCAAGGGAUUCGCCAAGGCCCCAGCACAUCUGUCAUGCACAGAUCUGCCACAGCGUUGGAGAAGUCCGAGGGGCCAGGUCAUCAAAGGUUCAAGCGUGCAGGGUGUAGAUUGGCGGAGGGUGGGCAAAAGACGACAAGACUUGCCGCGCUCAUGUCGGCUGGACCUCAGCAAGGCUAAGGAGCGUACUGUCAGCCAAAAGAAAAGCGCCGCGCUCCAAUUCGCAAGCAGUUUGCAGCAGCUGGACGGGAAGACCUCCUUGGUAGCAGUGUUGGGAGCUGCAGAUCGAGCACAAUUGUGCAGCUCCAAGUGCGGCGAUGUGCUUGCUUGCUCUCCACUUGCCUACCAGCAGACACUUGUCCCAUUUGGAUUUUGCAUCUUGAGGAGCUGGAGGCACCUGGCCAUCUGA